AUGCUCUAUAUCUCCGGAAGAGCAUCAUUGGAGGAUAUCCCUGGCAAUGCCCAUAUAUCAGCUUGCGGGUCGGCUGUCGCAGAAAAACUUCAGUCUGAUAACACCGGUCCAAUCGAAAAUUCCGUACAAUACAUAAACUCAGACUACAAAUGCAAUGCAUACCUAUGCCGUGGCUACCAAUUCGAGGACAACACGAGCAGGGUCAUGGCACUCAACACAGACGACGUUAUACCCUUCCACAUUAACCUGGUUGCUGGUCACAAGCCUGGUCGUGCUAAUGCCUCAGUCGUCGAUACCUCGACGAAUAAGGUAGUGGUGGCACUCAAGACAUGGGACCAUUGGCCUGAUGUGACAGAUGGCUCGACUUAUGAUGAGAAGACCAAGUUCAACGUGACUAUUCCUAGUGGACUGGGUUCGGCCUGUGGUACUGCAGGGAAGUGCGUGAUUCAGUGGUAUUGGUAUGCCAUUGCGAAUGAUCAGACUUAUGAGAGUUGUCACGACUUCUAUAUCGUAUCUUAA